GUAUUAUUUUUACAUUAUUUAAAGCUUUAAUGGUCGACUCCGAUUGGGAUUCUCUUCUCAGAUCAUCAAAAAAAAAAAAAAAUCAUUUUCAAAUCAAAUCAUCAACCAUACCAGUUUCCAUCCUAAUCAAAUUCAUCAGUAUUUCUCUUUGUUCCCUUUUGUUAUUGGUACCAAAUCCGAUCGACAUCAAGUGCGAAUUCGUUGUUUUGUUUGCUUUAUUUAUACAAUUGCACAAGUAGAAUAAUAUUUUUAUUCUGGAUCUGGAAAGACAAAGGAAAGGAGAUUUUGGAAUCUCCAUUGUAUAUGAAUUGAAUGAAUAGAUUCCAGAGGUGAGUGGCGAAAAAAGAAAAGAAGCAAAGCAUUUUGGAAUUUCCGCAAUUCAUUCAUUCAAGAAAAAAAAAAAGCAGAAAGAAUUAUGCCCAGAGGCAGGGGAGAAGAUGGAGAGAGGCACAUGGGUUUGCUGAAACUCGUGCAAGUUCUCUCAUUUUUGGUGGUUUUCGUGGCUGGGAUUAUCAUUGGCUUAGCCACCAGCUCUCACAUAAACACCUAUUUCUCUUCCCAAGCGCAGGCGCAGCUGUUUUCUACUUCCACAGCCACUUCGUUUCGUGUGUCCAGCGGCACCACCAAAGCCAAUUGCAGCCCGAAAGUGGAUUGCUUCAGCAUGGAUGCCUUCCUUCAUCCAACCAAUUUGAGCCAUAAAAUGUCGGAUGAGGAGUUAUUUUGGAGGGCUUCCAUGGCACCUUACAGAAAUGAAUUCCCAUUUCCUAGGGUGCCAAAGGUGGCCUUCAUGUUUCUGACCAGAGGGCCUUUGCCUUUGCUGCCUUUGUGGGAGAGGUUUUUCAAGGGCCAUGAAAAGUAUUUCUCCAUUUAUCUGCACACACCUCCUGCCUAUCACCUCAAUGUCUCCUCUCACUCUCCUUUCUAUGGAAGACAGAUCCCUAGUCAGAAUGUGGAAUGGGGGACUGUUUUGCUGGCCGAUGCAGAGAGGCGCCUUCUGGCAAAUGCACUGCUUGACUUCUCAAAUGAGCGAUUUGUUCUUCUUUCUGAGAGCUGCAUCCCAGUCUAUAACUUCCCAACUGUCUACAAGUAUCUCAUUGGUUCUGCCUACAGUUUUGUUGAGUCAUAUGAUGAUCCCUCCCGCUAUGGACGUGGCCGCUACAGCCGCAAGAUGCUUCCUGACAUUAAGCUCUAUCAAUGGCGAAAAGGAUCUCAAUGGUUUGAGAUGCACCGUUCGGUUGCCAUUUACAUUAUUUCAGACACCAAAUACUACACCCUUUUCAGGAAGUAUUGUAGGCCUGCUUGCUAUCCAGAUGAGCAUUACAUUCCAACUUUCCUGAACAUGUUCCAUGGAUCUUUGAAUGCAAACCGGAGUGUGACUUGGGUUGACUGGUCAAUGGGGGGUCCUCAUCCAGCAAUGCAUGGGGGAGCUAAUAUCACGGAGGGUUUUAUACAAGCCAUAAGGAAAAAUGGGACACUUUGUUCAUAUAAUGAGGAGCAAACAUCUGCGUGUUAUCUCUUUGCUCGGAAGUUUGCUCCUAGUGCAUUGGAGCCUUUGCUCAACCUCAGCUCGACAGUGAUGGAGUUUUGAGGGAUUAAUUUAGGGAAGGAUUGAAAUUCUUUUUUAUCCUCAAUCAUCAUUCAUUCUUAAAGUUUUGAGAUCUUUAGUUCUUACAGGGCUUUUGUCAUAGUCAUCCAAUUUUGAUCUUUAUUUUGGCUCAAAUUGUACAGAUAGGUUCAGCAGGCAGGGAAUUGCUGUACGUUGCAGAAAUUUUGGAGGAUUAUAGAUAAAUUUUAUUUUUUGGUUUUCUUUGGAGGAUAAUAGAACAGAGAAAAGCAUUAUGAUAGAAAUCCUAUUGGAUUUGAUUCCUGAGGUCUUCAUGGCAUAGAGAAAGAAAAUAACUGCUAUUCAUUUCUGAUGUGUAUGAUUCCGAAUAAC